UUUGCAAGACGACGGGACAGUUUAUGAAUCUGAGAAACAGGCAUUGUCUCUGGAGUCCUGCUUACCUAGAAUUUGUGAAGAAUAGGUUGGAAUGAGGCCUUCAGCCCAGAUCUAGAUGUUCACCGUACGAAGAAUCAGAAACCAGUAAAGGAGGCCUAAAUGCUAAUGCCAUGCUGAGCUGAACAGAAUCUCUUCAUCCAUUUAUGAAGAGGCUGUGUUACCAAGUUGUGUAGACGCUCAGGGUCUCUGGCAUGUGCACCAAUUCUUCUACAUGGGACCAAAAAGAGAAAGCUUGAGAAGAAACUCUGACAAAGUGUUUCUAGGAUAGUCAGGCUCAGCCACUGCUUUCUCACCUAUGGUUUGGUCUCCCAAGACUGUCUGAGGCAUCAAAAGUGUUGUCCUCUGCUUUCAAAGAAGACAGUGCUGAUGUUGAAGGCUGGUGAAGACCAAAAGUUGUGCCAUCCAUCAGCAUUUUGAGGGCAUCCAGAGUUGCUGGUAGAUAUACCACACGAGCAGUCAUAGAUCUGGCCCUGCAUUGAUGAGCCAGCCGCCAAUGAGAAGAGCCGUCUGACACCUUCAACUAGUCCACAGCCUCCCCAACCUGCUGUGUUCCAAAAUCGUUUCAGGAUAACGCUUUACCUGACCCGGUAACAGAAGCACAGAAAAAUCAGAGGGGGCAGAAACAUGGAAAAAGACAUUCUAACUCACAUUGAGCCUCCGAUGACCCAGGCAUGCGACACGGACCCGGCCACGGUGGCAGCACCUGCAAGAGCCCCGCCUGGGCUUCAGACUCCGCUUGAAGGUGCUGUGUCCGCCGCAAGUAGUGGGGUACAUGUGGGACAGGAAAGCAUGGAGCCAGGAGAGUACGAUGAGGUGGAAAAAAUGUCUGUUCUUAGUUUGGGGCUGAGCGCUGAGGCUGAUGCCCCACACGCAGGUGAGGUUCCGGGUCACGCUGCGUUGCAGGGGGCCAGCAGCCAGGGCAACACAGGGAAGAAAACCAGCCGGAAAAGGAGGAAUAGAAAGGAAAACAAGGUUGUAUAUCUCCCCUGGCCUCUGACGCUACAGACCCAGGCGUCUUCUGCAGCCCCAGUUCUGGGCCAGACUUGUGUCGCAGGGGCUCUGCCGAUUGCUGAUACUGGAGUCGGCGCGGUGUAUGAAAACAGGGAGGAAGGGGAGUGGGAUGACAAGGAGAAGGUACCCGUUGCCACCUGGCCUGAGAAGGCACAUGCUGGCGCCCCACUGCCAGCAGAAAGUACAGCUCAGGCCUCUCUUGAGGAGGUGUCAGUGGCAGCCAAUGAGGAGAUAAAAGGAGACCAGACAGGCAGCCAUAAAGGGAGAAAUAAAAAGAGCAAAAAGGUCAUGGCCAGUCCUUGGCCUCUGACAGUACAGGCUUGGGUGUCGUUCACAGGCCCAGGCCAGAUGCAGAUGGCUACAGCAGGGGCAUCGUCAUUUGCUAGGGAUGGUGUCAACGCGGGGCCUAAAAGCAAGGGUCAGAAGGGUGAGGCGAAUAAAACGUCAGCUGGCACUCCGUACCAGAGUGCACAGGACGGUGCCCCCCGCUCGGCUGAGGGUCUGGGGCAGGCCUCGUGGGAGGGGGCGUCCCCCCCUGCUGACAGCCCAGAAAAUGAGGAGAAGAGAGCCGCCUAUAAAAGAAGGAAUAGAAAGAAGAGAAGCGUCUCGGCUGGUCCUUGGCCUCUCACAGUACAAGCCUGGGCAUCAUUUGCAACAGCAGACCAGGUGCAGACUCGCCCCCAGGGCGAGUCUUCUGUUGCAAGUAUGGGGGUGAAUGUGGGGCCAAGGAACUGGCCCCAAACAGAGUAUAGUGAGGAGGGAGCACAGGCCGCUCUUCCUUGGCCUGAGAGGGUCCAGGCUGGUGCCCUCUUCCCGGCAACAGCCCCGGGACAGGCUUUACUGCAGGGGCAUCCUUCCCAAGACCUACAUUCCAAGGUGAGACAAAUGUGUUGGAGACCCCAAGGGAGAGAGGGGGAACUGGUUCCGAGCAAUCCAGAGCAAGUUCGGGAACCCUGUCAGGGAUGUAGAAGAACCGAGAGAUACCUGAGGGACCAGGACUUCUGGGAAUGCACGGUGAUGAAUUUUGCUAGGCAGGUGGAUUGUUGCUAUUGUGGGGAGCUCUGCUCACAACAGCGGAUGGAGGCUUUGACCCUGACCAAAGCCCACACCCACAUCAGCUCUUCAGUGAAGGGACCAGAGAGUGAGAGGGCUAAAUCUCAGGCAGUCUGGAUGGAGAAAUGGGGAGGUUUUUGAGACGCAGAGGAGAAAAGAAAGAGACCUAAAGAGUAUUUUGGGUCCUGGAAGUGCCACCGUCUAUAUCUGUUGGGAAGGAGGUGUUUAAAUGCCACUCUGAAUAGGGGGUGCCUGGGUGGCUCAGUCUGUUAAACGUCCAACUCUUGAUUUUGGUUCAA